UUGUUUUGCGCGAGAAUCAGGCGGCCAUCAACGAAACGUCCAAAAAUUUCACAUCGGCGAACAUUGAGUGACUUUUUCAAGGUGUUUUUUCGUGCGUUUCUAGUGCGCGGAUCGUGUCAAAUUCCAUAGAGAUUAGCAGUUCACACAACAAUCAUGAGUACGCCGGAGGAAAGUUCUUCACAAGAGCCAGAGACUAAUCCCAGAGAAUUAGAAAAACUUGAGGAAGAAAAACUGAAAGCAAAAUAUCCUACAACCACCGGUUUACGCGGUCCUGGUGGUCAUUCGGCAUUUCUGCAGAAACGAUUACAGAAAGGACAAAAAUAUUUCGAUUCAGGCGAUUAUCAAAUGGCCAAACAGAAAGGUGGAGGCGUUAAACAAGUAUUUGCUAACAAAGUGCCAACCGGUGAAGCGAUACCAACACCGGAAACUGUGCCUGCACGUAAAACGUCUAUUAUACAGCCAUGCAAUAAAUUCACGACAACAAGCUAAUUAAUUUCUCUGAUCGUAUUUCAUAUGUUCUUUACUCUUUUCUUUUUUAUUUCCCCCUCGCAUUACCCUUUCGUUUCGCCAUUGCCCGUUUUUUUUUUUUAAAUAAAAGAUGAAAAUACUUUUUUAGAACUUUUUAUUUUCUUACUCUUCUUUUCGUAAUGGUAAUAAUUAUUAAUAUAUAAAGUUUAUCUUUAAAAUGUAAUAACUUUAAAGCAAGUCUAAAUAUUAACAUGGAAAUAAGCAGAAAAGCGAAAAUAAGAUGGAAACAUUAAUCUCAUAAAUUUUAGUGAAUUGUAACUCGUUCAGACGUAGGACAUGCGUUGGUGCACACAACAGACACCCACACCAGAUACAGGCGGUCGUGUUCAAGCCGUUAUACUGAAAGUUUACAUGAAAAUAAUCGACAAACAAACAAGUUAAAAUGCCAAUCUAUUUUGUAAAGUGUUCCAGUUAAUUCGAAACCAAGCGAACGUGAGAGAAGACCCAGAUAAAAUGUACAUUUCCAAGCUCUGUUACUCUCAUAUUUACAAACAAGCCCGAGUAAAUACCGCGUGAAUAUUUCUACUGUAAACCCGAAGCAAGUGAACGAAGUUCGCCAAUAGAAACAUUAAAUCUUUCCUUUCCUUACCUAUUUCCUGUAGGAAAAAAACGGAGCCAAGAUUCAUCGUAGUUUACAUUUCACUGACGUCAGCCAUUAUCAUCGUCGCUUUAUUUGUCUUCACUCUGUUUUCUGGAGACUUCACCCUGUCUCCUUGUCUAUUGUCGAACUUAUCAUUCCGAAUGGAAUUGAAUAAUUAAAAUACAUUGAUUUAUCGAAUAAACUCGUAGCUAGCCACUUGGGUAGUUUAUCUUCAUCGACUCCCGGCCCAUUGUAUUCUAUUUUUGAGAUAAAGCUUGCUCGGAAUAAUGAGCGUUUGUUUGUAAAUCAAAUAACUAAUUCAAUAAAUCCUCUCUCAAUUCGUUUACUUCAUUUUCAAGCUUGUUCAAAUUUGAAUUUAACUUUUCUUUUUCCUCCUUUUGUUUUGAAUAAAUGUUUGUCUUAUGAUAAGAGAGCAAUAGUUUUGAGUAGAGCCCGUUCAGUUACGUGUUGGUGUUUGAACAAGAAAUAUACAAGUCACCUGUGGUUAAGAUGAGAAGAAAACAUGAGCAUUUUUGAUGAAACGAAAUUCGUUACUGAUAAGAGAUAAAAAUAAGUUGUGGGAAAAUAUGCAAAUUGGUGGUUUUACACAGCAGAAAAUAUGUAAAGCGUCUACUUUAACUACGCUUAUCCUGUAAUUGGUUGAUUAAUUGAUAUAUGUAGAAGUAAUGUAUAGUUAUAAUAAAAUAGAACCCGAAGAAAACGUGAACAAA